AUUGGGAAGAUACAAUCACUACGCUUUCCCUAAUUCGCUACUUUCCGAUGUCCGAUUAGUUAUUUUGUCACCCUGUUUCCCUCCUUUUUUCAACUUUCUAUCUGAUUUUCUCGACAUCCAAAGACAUCCCUUAGUUUACGACUCUUCUUUUUUGCCUUCCCAUUUUUGUUACUACUAUUAGAAGUGGGGGAAACCUUUUCUUUCCUUUUUCUCUGUUAACAUUCUUGAUAAGAGCUGAUCAGGUAAUUUCAAUAACGGUACUGUACAUCAGUCUGAAUUUAGGGUUUAUUACAACCGAUAGGACAGAUCCAGUUGCAGCAUCUGUUUGGCUAGCGAGAUAUUCGAGGAAAAAUGAAGGAAAUUGGAAAUUGGAAAAUGAGAUUGAGAUUGAAUAUAACAUGGUAGAGUAGGGAAGGCAAUGUGAGUUGUUUGAGCUUGCACUACAGUUACUGAUUUCUGCGACGAGGAUAAGCUUAUCGGGUCUCUUAGUGUGCACAAGAUGGGUAAAUGCAAGGGUUGUGGGAAAUUAGGUAGGAUGAUGCCAAGGGAUGGACCUGUGAAUGCUUACCAUUCUGUUCUUUUGUGUUCCCCUGUUGUUUCUGUUUGGGAUUGCAUUGUCCGUAAGAUGAGAUAUUUGUACAGGCCUGAGUGGGUGUAGUCUUGGUGUUGUAUUAGUUAAAAGAAUUAAUUACUAGGGUUAAGUAGCAUAAAGAAAAAUAAAGUAAAAGAGGAAAAAAUAUAGAUUUACAGGGAAAUGUAUACUAUUUAGAGGAGCUGUUUCAAAGAAAGAUAAAAACAAGCUAAUAAAACUCUAGGUCUAAAGCUUUUCAGUUUUCAUGGAUAACAAGGCAUGCAAUAAAGUGCAACCAGUAGGGAGAAAAGGGAAAAAGAAGCAAGUGAAGGAUGAAUUGGAUCGAAUUAAACAAGCUGAGAAGAAAAAGAGGCGGUUGGAGAAAGCCCUUGCUACUUCUGCUGCUAUCCGUUCGGAACUAGAACAAAAGAAGCAGAAAAAGAAAGAAGAGCAGCAGAGGCUUGAUGAGGAAGGCGCUGCAAUGGCCGAGGCUGUUGCUUUACAUGUCCUAGUUGGCGAAGACUCUGAUGAUUCGUAUACGGUCAUGCUAAACAAAGAAGAGGGGUUUAACCCUUGGGAUUAUGCCAACAAUCUCAAUCUAUUUAUGGAUGGAGGUAGAGGUAGAGGUUGCUUUCUUCAGCAAGGUCAAGCAAACUGGGGAGGGCAGGUCUCUGAUUCAUAUAAAGAUGGAUGGGAGUGGGCGAUGUUGGAAAACAGUAAUUGGUCCUUACCAUAUGGAGCUUAUGGAGGUGAUCUUCAAGCAUCGUAUUCAUACUUAGAGGAUGGAAGCUGGGGCAAUACAGGAGCUUCAGCUGAUCUUAUUGCAGCACAGGCCGUUUCAGCACUCCAGAUUACUGAGGAUGCAGCAGUAGACACAAUUGUCCUCAACGGUAUGUUGGGAGGGUAAACGAGCGUAUAAUUGUUAUGCUGCUUCAAGUAUUUGCUCAUAUAUGUGUAUCAUUUGACUGUUAGUUGAAUUUGGUUGUUUCUUCAUCAGUUUUAAAUGCUGCACUUGUAAUCCAUAUUCAUUAGUGCAUGGUUACGACUUCAUGCAGCAUCAUUUUAUUGUGGUUAUCGAACAGGUCAGCUAUCAGUUUUGAUUCACAAAUUCUAAGAAAUUGAAUAAAUCUUAACAAAUUUGGAUAAUUUUUAAUGAAA